GCCUGGCUGCGUCCGUUAUUGUGCUGGCUUCAAGACACCGGCUGCCAAUAACGGCCACCUUGAAGAAGGAACCGUUAAUUGGACCAAACAGAAGCUGCUGUCCAUUGAUCCGGAGCAAAUGAUGUUUAGCUACUCAAUUGUGGAUAGCAAUGUGGGUUUCCAUGGGUACGUGUCGACGGUAACCGUGGUACCGGAGGAAGUUGGCUGUAGGAUCGAGUGGAGUUAUGAGGUUGAGCCUGUGGAGGGAUGGAAGCUUGAGGAUUUAGAUGGGUUCAUCGGAUCGGGUUUGGAAGUCAUGGCUAGGAGAAUGGAAGCAGCUCUCCAAGCUCUAAUUAAUCAUCAUUAUAAUAAAGGGAUUGCCCAAAUGGCAUUUAUGUCAUUAGCAAAAAAAAUAAAAAAGGUAUUUUAAAGAGUGUCAUGUAUAAUGAUUUAGAAUUUAAACCUUUAUAUUAAAAGUUUCAAAUUUAA